AAGCCAAUAGGAGACAAAGACUGGAACAGGGAAGUGGAAGGCAGAGAGUUUGCAGUGAGGUUAAGGACAGCUGUAUUAGGAGAAGGGAAUGUAGGAGGGUAGAAAACCUGAAAUGUGAAGAAGAAGUAAAGGGGGAGGAGGAUGUCAAAAGAACUGUAAGCACAAUGACAAAUGGGCAUUGAGGGGGAAAAAGACUGUGUAGAACAAUGUGGUAACUAUGGACAGUAAAAGCAAUGGGCUCUUUUUUAGAGAUUUAAUUCUUCCAAGUAAAUAUUUGGGAUUCUUCACAUUUUUUAUCUUUCAUUUACCUUUUAUUUUUAAAAGUUCAUAUUUUUUCAAAGGAGCAGUUACCGGACCUGCACGGCCAUUUUUCUGAUCUGAACCUGGAAGCUCAUAUGUAUGCAUCCCAGUGGUUUCUCACUCUUUUUACUGCCAAGUUCCCACUCUGCAUGGUCUUCCACAUCAUUGACUUACUGCUUUGUGAGGGUUUGAAUAUAAUCUUUCAUGUAGCCUUGGCUCUCCUAAAGACCUCAAAGGAAGAUCUUCUGCAGGCUGAUUUUGAAGGUGCUUUAAAGUUCUUCAGAGUCCAGCUUCCAAAGAGAUACAGGGCAGAGGAAAAUGCAAGAAGGUUAAUGGAGCAGGCUUGCAAUAUUAAGGUACCGACCAAGAAGCUAAAGAAAUAUGAGAAAGAAUAUCAGACAAUGCGAGAGAGUCAGCUGCAGCAGGAAGACCCAAUGGAUAGAUACAAGAGGGAGAACCGGAGAUUACAAGAGGCCAGCAUGAGGCUGGAACAAGAGAAUGAUGACCUUGCCCAUGAACUAGUAACCAGCAAAAUUGCUCUGCGGAAUGACUUGGAUCAGGCAGAAGACAAGGCAGACGUGCUGAAUAAGGAGCUCCUCUUGACCAAACAGAGGCUGGUAGAGACUGAAGAAGAGAAGAGGAAACAAGAGGAGGAGACAGCUCAGCUGAAAGAAGUCUUCAGGAAACAGCUAGAGAAGGCAGAAUAUGAAAUAAAGAAGACUACAGCUAUCAUUGCCGAGUAUAAACAGAUCUGUUCCCAGUUGAGUACCAGACUCGAGAAACAGCAAGCAGCCAGCAAGGAGGAGCUGGAAGUGGUAAAGGGCAAAAUGAUGGCAUGUAAACACUGCAGUGACAUUUUCAGCAAGGAGGGUGCUUUGAAAGUAGCAGCCAUAAGCAGAGAGGACCAGGGAAUUGAAUUGGAUGAUGAGAAGGACUCUCUUAAGAAGCAACUGAGAGAGAUGGAGCUGGAAUUGGCACAAACCAAACUGCAGCUGGUGGAGGCCAAGUGUAAAAUCCAGGAACUUGAACAUCAGAGGGGAGCCCUUAUGAAUGAAAUCCAAGCUGCAAAAAACUCUUGGUUUAGCAAAACCCUUAACUCUAUCAAAACGGCCACGGGAACGCAGCCACUGCAGCCGCCACAGGCCACCCAGCCCCCCAAGGAGAGCACAUAGGUCCAGCCUCACCCAAGUACAAGAGCACAACGAUCAAAGCAACGGAAACCCAGGAUGAUUCCUGGUGUCCCUUUAAAAGGAAGGAAAGGAGGCCAGAAAGCAAGCCAGGAUCUUUCAGUAGCUCUUACUCUUUCUUGUAUGACACUUUUAAAAAAGGGAUGUUAUUUAAACUAACCUGAUUUAUGUCGAAUACCUGUUUUUGUGCUUGUUCAUGGAAGACUGUGUUCCGAUCCAUCAUAGUAUUACACAUUAUUUUACAUGCCUGAUGUUUGGUUGCAAAUAAGUAAUUCAGAACUAAAUCCUUUUUAUUUAGAACUAAUUAUUCAUAUUAUUUUUAUCUUACAUAAAAAUGAAGUUGUCUUUUAUUCCAAGGUUGAAGUGAUAGGCAGGUAUUUGUCACAGCAAAAAAAAAAAAAAAAAAAAAAGAUUGCAACCUAAACCUCUUAACUUUUCAGGAUUUAUUCAGAUAAAGCACAUUGUGGGGCCAGUCAUGACCACUGUCAGGUUUCCUCCUGAAAGUGAUGCCCAGGAUAGCGAUAAUCCUAUCCAAAGGAAAGAACAGACCUGGGAUUGAACAGUUCCCCAAGACAGUUAGUUUAUUUUUAUUUUCUGUUGGGUACAUCUGGAAAUGAAGUGCCAAGAA